AUGUCCAACAGGAUACUUGAAGGCUGUGGACUCUCAGAGAGUCACUGUGAAGUCGUGGUCUCAGCUCUGAAGUCCAACCCCUCCCAUCUGAAACAUCUGGACCUGAGUUACAACAACCUGGAGGAUUCAGGAGUGAAGCAUCUGUCUGCUGGACUGGAGAGUCCAAACUGUAAACUGGAGACUCUGAGGUUGUGGAGCUGCAGUUUGUCAAAGAUCAGCUGUGAUUCUCUGGGACCAGCUCUGAAGUCCAACCCCUCCCAUCUGAAACAUCUGAACCUGAGUAAAAACAACCUGAAGGAUUCAGGAGUGAAGCAGCUGUGUGGUUUUCUGGAGAGUCCAGACUGUAGACUGGAGACUCUGGGGUUGAGGAGCUGCAGUUUGUCAGAGAUCAGCUGUGAUUCUCUGGUCUCAGCUCUGAAGUCCAACCCCUCCCAUCUGAAACAUCUGGACCUGAGUAACAACAACCUGAAGGAUUCAGGAGUGAAGCAGCUGUGUGGUUUGGAGAGUCCAGACUGUAGACUGGAGACUCUGAGGUUGAGGAGAUGCAGUUUGUCAGAGAUCAGCUGUGAUUCUCUGGUCUCAGCUCUGAAGUCCAACCCCUCCCAUCUGAAACAUCUGAACCUGAAUGGAAACAACCUGAAGGAUUCAGGAGUGAAGCAGCUGUGUGGUUUUCUGGAGAGUCCAGACUGUAGACUGGAGACUCUGAGGUCAGUUCACUGUCUGUUACUGUUGUAGAUCUGAUAUGUUUAAUCACCAACUGAAUCUAAGUCAGAGACAACAAUUGUCAGUUUUUGAAUUUAUCUUUGAGUUGUUUAUCUUGACAUUGUUGAGCUCAUGUAAAGUUGAUGAAAGGGUUGUAAUCUGAGUUAUUUGUUGGUGUCGUUUUCUCUGAUUAAAGCUGAAGCAGGUCUAAUUUAAUAGAUUUCAUCUAUUUAUUGUCUGGUUUCAGUUUAUGAAAUCUUAGUUUAGUUUCUUUAUUUCGAACAUAAAAAAACAGAACAACAAAAUAAUCAUAUAGAAUCAUAAAUAACAGUAAAUAAGAAAAUAAAUAAAUAAAAAAUAAAGUAACAGAUUAAAUAUAAACUUAUUAUAUCCCACCCAUUUUAAUAGCUCAAUGAUUUAUAUAUUAUUCACUUCCUGUCAGUAUGAUAAUAAUAAUAGUCUUUAUAAUAUAUGUACAUACAUACACACACACACACAGAUAUAACAUGCACACAUUACCAAAGACAACACAAAAUAUAUAUAAGAACAAAAAUAAGAAAAAUGAAAAUAUGAAAUGACAAUAACACCCAUCACUCCGUAUGAGUCAGACUCCCUCUUCAUUUCUGUACCUUGUAAGAAUCCUCUCUUUAUAUUUUAAACUGUUUUAUGU